AUGGAUGUUGCCUUUACGAUUGUCGUGCAUAAAGAUAUCAAACAGAUAGCUAGAUUGCUCCGUAUGAUCCAUCGAAAGAACAAUUACUAUUGCAUCCAUACAGAUUCAAGAUCCCGAUUGUCAUUUGAAAAUGCUCUGGAGGGGUUGGCUACUUGUUUCGGUUCAAAUGUCGAGCUUGUACCCAAAUACAAACGUGUUGCAGUUUUUUGGGGAGAUGAAACAGUGCUUCGUCCUCAAUUUAUCUGUGCUGAACAGGCUCUUCGACGACAUUCUUCUUGGAAGUACCUUCUGAAUAUUGUCGGUCAGGAGUUCCCAUUGAAGACAAAUAUGGAAAUAGUUGCAGCGUUGAAAGCUUUGAAUGGUUCAAACAUGAUUGAAGCCCGAGAUCUCGGCUAUUUGAGGAUACGAACAUUGGGCAAAAGACUGCCUAAUAAUGUUACGUGGGUUAAAGGCUCAAUCUACGGAGCCUUUAGAAGAGAAUUUUUACAAGAGAUUAUCUUCAGUCAAUCCACGCGCACAAUUCGAGAUUUUAUGCUCCAAACUCAAACAUUCCUUAACCCGGAUGAAUUUUUCUUUAGUACUCUUAAUUUCAAUCCCAGUCUUCACUUACCCGGCAGUUGUAUGAACACUACAUAUUUCAAAGAUCCUCUUCUGGCCAAGUUUGUCAUCUGGGAGAGUUCUUCAAUUCCUUGCCCAACAAAAUAUGUUCGAAUGGUGUGCAUUCUUGGCACUCCACACUUAAACCAUUUACAAAGAACUCCCGAACUUUUUGCCAAUAAGUUUUAUUCCGAUUACCACCCUGAAGCCUAUGAUAUCAUGGAGAAGUGGUACUUUGACAAGGUAGCGAAAGAGGCAAUUACGGGAACCUAUGAUGUGGAACAUUUCGACGUAUCCGCCUACGCAAACCUCGUAUGUUCGCGUCACCACUAUUGA